AAAGUUUUUUGACCCUCUUGUUGGAAAAUCAAUCCUUCGAUCGUGACAGAUCCGAGAUUGAACGUCAAAUGAUGCCGAACAACGCGCCAAUCAUACGCGCAAGAGGGGAAGAGGAGUGAAAGAAAUUGGGUCUACCAAGGAUACAGUGAAGUGCAGUUGAAAUAGAGUGAGAGGGCACGAUCUCUUCCUGGGAUAGGCUACGUCGUCACCGUCGGCAAGAUUCUGUCUCCCAGGUACCGGGCGAGUCCUGGGGUGGCGACAGAGGCACCUGCAGGUGCCCGUAGCCCGAAGGAACCACCUGCGUCUACCGUGAUGACGGUCCAUCAUCAGCAGAACCACCACGUGGCCGCUCUCAGUGGCGUCGCCGUGGCCAAUAACGGUCUAAAUCUCAGCAGAAUGUCGGGCCUGGAAGCGCAUCGGCUGGAGAACAUUGUCGAUCGAAACGGCGUGGCAAUGGAACGUCUAUCUAACGGGCUAGACCCACGGAAUAACAAUUUGAACAAUAACAACGGUUUAGAAAGGGGCGAUGCCUCGACGACGAUGCCGCAGAGGUCGAGGUUUAUGAUCACCGAUAUCUUAGGCGGCGCGUCCAGCAAGAUGCACCAAUCCGGGCUGCCCAGUCAGGAGCCACCCGGAAGUCCACCCUCAACACCGCGAGACCUCAGUGUCAGGCAUCAAUCCAGAACGUCCUUGAGCAACAGCAAUCUAGACGAGGACAGCGACGCCAGCCACCACGACGGCGCUUCCGUUACGUCCAAUGGUGGCAAAGAGGAUGAUCCUAAAAGCUCGUCCUCGAGUUCCUUGGGUUCCGCGCAAAGUAAGAAGCAGCGUAAAGCGCGUACAGCUUUCACGGAUCACCAGCUUCAGACCCUUGAGAAAAGUUUCGAGCGGCAAAAAUACCUCAGCGUGCAGGACAGGAUGGAGCUGGCGGCAAAACUGCAGCUGACGGACACGCAAGUGAAAACGUGGUAUCAAAACAGAAGAACGAAAUGGAAGCGACAAACGAUCGUUGGCUUCGAGAUCAUGGCCGAAAAUAAUUUCGCUGUUGCCGCCUUCCAGCAUCUGUACAGCGGCAGUACCGUCCCCGCACAUCCUGCCGCAGGACGCUAUUGGCAGUAUCCCAGCGCGCACGCGUUACCCGCGAACGGAUUCUUCUAUCAGCCAUCAUCGGCGGCGGCGACUCUGCAAAAACCGCUUCCCUAUCGUCUAUAUCCGCCCAUGAUUCUAGCGGGGCCAAGUAAUCCUCUUGGCUCUUUGACUGCGAGCUCCAGUCUGUCGACUCUCAGCAACUAUUACAGGGACAGUCCAGAGAUGGCUGACGGCCGGGAUUCCUCGAGGAAAAGGGACAGGAGUAAGAGUCCAGAAUCGAGAGACAGAUCGCCAACUAGAAAACCGGCAAGACUGUAUCCGCUGCAAAUGAUGCAGGCGGGCCCUAGCAAUCCUCUUGGCACGCUGACCACCUCCAAUCUCUCCAAUAUGAAUAACUAUUACAGAGGUAGUCCGGAAUUGAUGGAAGGAAGAGAGAAUAUGGACAGGUCGAGAAAGCAAGAAAGGAACAGCAAGAGUCCGGACUCCAGGGACAGAUCACCCCUGAGGAAGGACGUUAGAUCUUAUCCCUCGACGAUGAUCCAGGCAGGUCCUAGCAAUCCUCUCGGACCCCUUGCGCCCAGCUCGAAUCUGAACAACUAUUACAGAGACAGUCCGGAGAUAAUGGAUGGACGGGAAGGUAUGAACCGAACGCGACAACGUGACAGAAGUCAAAGUCAGGACAGAUCACCUGUACAGAGAGAGGAUAGUCCUCGAAGUGUAAGAGCCGACAGUGAUGAAGAAAGCAUACACGAUAUCUAGGACAUGGAGAUUCGCGGUACCGGCGGUGGCACGUCGGGAGUAUUGCACGAGGAAGACAAGUAUGUCCUGCAGGAUAAUUAGAAAACGUGUGGAAUGGAUUGAUUUCCUCACGACAUGUCAUUUCGGAAUAAAUGUACUAAUGGCGAACGAAGAGUUAACAUCAGAAAAUAAGGAAACUAUCAAGGGAUGAAUAAUCCUUUUGAAAAUGUAUUCGUGUGAAUCGGGCAGCUAUUGAAACAUAUGGGCAAGCUUGAGAAUACUGAUUGAUGCGAUAACUCAUUAUGAGACACUGAUACGAAUAAUUAAAAUCGAAUUCACUUAACUAGCAUUAAUCAGUCAAUUUCGAACGAGAUAACGAAGUCGCUCAAAUUUCAGCAGCUACUGCAUUAACAGUUCAUAAAUAAACAAAUCGAUAUCCAUAUGGAGAAUUUGUUGGGAGAAUGAUCGAUAAAAUUUAUAUAAUGGAAGGAACGCUGUAUAUAUAUUAUAUAUCCUUGAGAACUUGUAUCGAUCCACGCAGCUACCAUGAAUCCAAACGAAGAAGCGAAUGCAGCUGAUGUAACGAGACUGUUUAAGAAGUUAUAUAUCCAGACGUAUGCAAGCAUCGAGGAGAGACUACGUAGAGAUUAUUUCGUCACAGUUAUUUUAAAAUCUGGAGAGAGCAGAGUGAGAAGAGAUUCAGGAUUCGCGAGGUCUGAACCGGAGUCAGCGAAAUGAGAUGCGAAUGGAACGGCACGGCGGCCGAUUUCGUGAGGUAGAACAGGAAGUGACAUAGCACGGGACGUCCGGGAUUUUGUAGAUAAUGAGAGCGAACAGGAAAUAUCGUGCGGUUAACCGAACUUCGUGAUUUGAGCGUUCAGUGAAUGGCGGGUUACGGUGAAACAAUAUAUUCAACGUUGAUACGAUCGGGCGUGUAGAGAGCGGACGAAAGUAAAAAUCCCGUGCUUCACCGAUACAUUAUCCCUCGGACAAAUGGAGACUCAUUAUUACUCAUUCAUUGUCCAUUCAUUAUUUUAUUUUCCACUUCUUCGCAUGCAACGUGUGAUUAGUCCUUCGCUUGAAAGGUACUUGUUUUCCAAUAUUUUUACAAUUU